CCGGAAUCUUCGGGCAACUUGGUGUGUUCCUCCUGCCGAAGCUGGCACGCUGAGUCGCGUGCGCCCGUCUGGUUUGUCCUCACGCGUCUUGGAUAUCCCGGCCUCAUGGCCGGCCUGACCCUGUUUGUGGGCCGCCUCCCGCGCUCUGCCCGCAGUGAGCAGCUGGAGGAGCUGUUCAGCCAGGUGGGGCCGGUGAAGCAGUGCUUCGUGGUGACCGAUAAAGGGAGUAAGGCCUGUCGAGGCUUUGGCUAUGUCACUUUUUCUAUGCUGGAAGAUGUUCAGAGGGCCCUCAAGGAGAUCACCACCUUUGAAGGUAGCAAGAUCAAUGUGACUGUUGCCAAGAAAAAACUGAGGAACAAGACAAAGGAAAAGAGGGGAAAUGAAAAUUCAGAGACUGCAAAGAAGGAGCUGAAGCCUAAAAAAGCCAAAGUGGCAGAUAAGAAAGCCAGAUUAAUUAUUCGGAACCUGAGCUUUAAGUGUUCAGAAGAUGACUUAAAAACAGUAUUUGCUCAGUUUGGAGCUGUCCUGGAAGUAAAUAUCCCUAGGAAGCCAGAUGGAAAGAUGCGUGGUUUUGCUUUUGUUCAGUUCAAAAACCUCCUAGAAGCAGGUAAAGCUCUCAAAGGCAUGAACAUGAAAGAGAUAAAAGGGCGGACAGUGGCUGUGGAUUGGGCUGUGGCAAAGGAUAAAUAUAAAAAUACACGAUCAGUUUCUGCCCCAGAUGAGGAAAAGAGCUGUGAAUCUAAAAAUUGGGAAUUAGUUAAAAAGAAUGGCAGGGAGGAAGAGGAUAUGGACGAGGAAGAAGAAGAGGAAGAUGAUGGUGAUGAAGAUGAUGAUAAUGAAGAUAAUGUGGAGGAGGAGGAGGAGGAUGCAGGUGAAGAUGAUGAAGAUGAAGAGCAGGAGAACAGAAAAUCAAAAGUGGCCAAGCCUGUACAAGUCCAGAAGAGAGCAGUAAAGAGAGCAGUUCCUGCAGAAAGCAGUGAAGAGGAUCGGUCUGAGGAGGAUAGUGACCUGGAGGAAAGAGACAGUGUUGGAGAGGAGCGGGAAGAUGAAGAUGUACAAGUCCCAAAGAAAAAAAAGAGGAAAUUACCCUCUGAUGUGAAUGAAGGAAAAACGGUUUUUAUCAGAAAUCUGUCGUUUGACUCAGAAGAAGAAGAGCUUGGGGAGCUGCUCCAGCAGUUUGGAGAUCUUAAAUAUGUCCGCAUCGUCUUGCAUCCAGACACAGAACAUUCAAAAGGUUGUGCGUUUGCCCAAUUCAUGACUCAAGAAGCAGCUCAGAAAUGCCUUAAAGCUGCUUCUCUGGAGAAUGAGAGUGGUGGGCUUAAACUGGAUGGCCGGCAACUUAAGGUUGACAUGGCAGUGACCCGUGAUGAGGCUGCAAAGCUUCGGACAAAGAAGGUGAAGAAGCCGACUGGAACCCGGAACCUCUAUCUGGCCCGAGAAGGCUUGAUUCGUGCUGGGACGAAAGCAGCAGAGGGUGUAAGUGCUGCUGAUAUGGCCAAAAGAGAACGGUUUGAGCUGCUGAAGCAUCAGAAACUCAAGGACCAGAAUAUUUUUGUCUCCCGGACCAGGCUCUGCCUGCACAAUCUUCCAAAGGCCGUGGAUGACAAACAUCUCAGAAACCUGCUGCUGAGUGCUACCAGAGGGGAGAAGGGGGUGCGUGUUAAGGAGUGUCGGGUGAUGCGAGACCUCAAAGGAGUUCAUGGGAAUGUGAAGGGUCAGUCCCUGGGCUAUGCCUUUGCAGAGUUCCAGGAGCACGAACAUGCCCUGAGAGCCCUCCGCCACAUCAACAACAAUCCAGAAAUCUUUGGCCCGCAGAAGAGACCAAUAGUGGAGUUCUCUUUGGAAGACCGAAGAAAACUUAAAAUGAAGGAACUAAGGAUCCAGCGCAGCCUGCAAAAAGUGAGAUCUAAACCUGCAACUGGUGAGCCCCAGAAGGGGCGACCAGAGCCCAGAAAAGACCAGCAGCAGAAGGCAGCUCAAAACUACACAGAGGAACACAGCAAGGUGCCCCCAGAGCAGAAGGGGAAGGCGGGAUCGAGCUCAUGGGCAGGCUUCCAGACCAAGGCUGAAGUGGAGCAGGUGGAGCUGCCUGAUGGAAAGAAGAGAAGAAAGGUCCUGGCACUCCCCUCACACCGAGGCCCCAAGAUCAGGUUGCGGGACAAAGGCAAAGUGAAGUCCCUCCCCCUCAAAAAGCCAAAGCCCCAGGUCAACCAGUGGAAGCAGGAGAAACAGCAAUUGCCUUCCAAGCAGGUACCUAAGAAAAAGGCUAAGGGAAAUAGGGCAGAAACCCGCUUCAACCAACUGGUCGAGCAAUAUAAGCAGAAAUUAUUGGGACCUUCCAAAGGAGCACCCCUUGCCAAGAGGAGCAAAUGGUUUGAUAGCUGAUGAUGCCUGCAGACUGGAUAAGAAGCUGGGUUGUGGACCUUUUGAUGAAGCCCAUGCCUCUCCCCACCCCCAAGUCUUAAGUCUUCACUGAGAGAAAGAAAAUCCUCAAGGCACAGCCUCUGUUGGAGGCUCCAUGGGCUGUGCAAGCCUGAACGUCGACCCCGCCUUCAGUGUGUGGUUGGUUAGCCACAAAGAACUUCAUGAUGCUUCUUGCGUACUAUCCAGAUUGUGUAAAGUUGUGUUUGUAAUUGCCAUUUUUAUUCUUUACUUCUCAAAUGGAAACAGUUGUAAGAGUAUCUGGAAUGCUGAA